CCAACAACGAAACAAAACCACCACACGACCGCAGUCCGCCCUCUCUCCCCCCAACACCCACACGCACCAUGUCGCGCCUCACCAAUCUCGUCCCCCUGCUCGCGCUCCUCCUCGUCCUCGGCGGCGCCGCCUACAUCGGCUACCAAAUCUACCUCUGGUCCACCCAGUUGUCGGAAAGAGGGAAGAAGUCGCUGGAGAAGAAGGACAUCACUUUCACCAAAGACGGCGGACUGAAAGUGGGAGUGAAGGAGAUGAAGGGCGAGACGUACGAGGACAAGACGCAGAAUGUGCUUGUGAAUGUGUGGACUACAUCGUCGGAAUCAAGGCACUCCGCUUCGCGCACGAACUCGUCGCAGUCUACCGCGCGGCCAGGCGCAGCGCAUACCCCCUCGACGCAAUCCGUGAGCGGAGCGAGACCGAGCCCCUCUCACACCCCGUCCGCUCGAUCAGUAGCGCAGCCCGCGGCUCGGGAUGAUGCAGUGCCCGGAGGGUGGUCGUGAGAUAUGGAUGAUGGAGAGCGAGAUGACAUGGCUACCUACACGAAACGCAGGACGAGCGGGAAUGCAAUCAUGACGGGAUACGAUCCAAGCUAGCUUU